AUGAAAAAUUGUCUUUUUUUCACGUAUAAGUAUAAACAAAAUGGUGUUUCAUUCUUUAAAUCAUUUUUGAAUUUUUCCAAAUUUUCUGGUGAAAUAUGUUGUAGAAAUAUUCACAUUCAAUUAAACUUAAGAAAAAAAAAAAAUGUACAAAGAAAAAAUAAUGGUUAUAAUAGUUAUACUACAACAUGUAUAGAUUAUGUUCAAAAUAAAGGAAUGUCUGAUAUUAUUUUAAAGGACAAGAAUACUUAUUUCGCACAUGGAUAUAUAAAUAAUGAAUUAUAUAAUAAUGAUAUAGAUAAAAACAAAAUUAUAUUAAAUAAUAAUAAUAAUAAAAUACAUUCUGUUUUUGUUCAGUCAUUAAAAAAUUAUAAUUUGUUUAAUAUAUAUUUGGAUAAAAUAAGAAAAUAUAAUUGUCAUAAUAAUAAGGGCAUGAAAAAAAAGAUAAUCAAUAUUAAUAGCAUAAAAUAUUUUGACAAUUAUAUUUUCUUAUACAAUAUAGAUGCCUUACUCAUAUAUGCAACACACAAAUUUCAUAUGUUUUUAAAAGAAAAAAAUAAAAAAGGAUCUCAUUCUUUAUCAAAUAUAUUUAAUAUUUACAUAGAACACUUUAUAAAUAUUUUUAUACAAUUUAAUAUUAUUUUAGAAGAUUUUUUUUUAUUUAAAAGAGAAAGGAAUUAUGAGGAAUAUUUUAAUAAUAUAUUGGAUAUAUAUAUAAAAUAUAAUCCACAUAUUUUAAUGAUAAGACAAAAAAAUAAAAAAAAGGAUGAUAAAAUAAUAUACCACAAUACAUAUUAUAAUGAAGACUUCUUUAUAAAGGUUUUAAAAAUAAUUAAAAUAUUCAAUCAGUUUAAAUUCUUUAGUAAAUUGAAAAAUAUUGACAUUAAUUAUUAUUUACAAAAAUUAACAAAGAAUUCAUAUUGUCCUAAUAUAUUGUAUCCUAUCAAAAAUAAUACAAAUAACGAUACUAAAUAUCUAACUACAAAUAAGAGAGAUGAAAAUGAAGUGUUCUAUGAAUGUAUGAAUUCUUCUGAUGAAACUGAUUGUAUAAGUAAGGAGAAUUAUAAUUUCUUAAAAUGUUUAAAAAUUUUUGAUGAGAAUAUUAUGAAUGAAAUUGGAUUAGAAGAAUACUUCAAAAAUAAAAGUCAAGAAGAACACAUAAAAAGGAUGAAAAAAAAAAAUAAUAAUAGGGAUAAUAUUAAUAAUAUUGAUAAUGUAGAUGUUAUAUUUAAAGAACAAACAAUUGAAGGUACACAUAUGGUUAAUAAGAAAAAUGAAUUAUAUAUAAAUCAGAAUGAUAAUGAUGAUAAUAUUAUUCUUCAUUUAAAAUAUAUGAGAUCUUUUAGUUCUAUCUUAAAAUGUUUGAUAAAAUAUUUAAAUGAAGAUGGUAUAUCCAAAUUAUUUAUGUAUUGUACUAAUUUAUUCGAUAAAAACAUGGAUAAAGAUAUUAUAUCUUUUUAUAAAAGUAUGUAUGAGCACGUUAAAAAAAUGAACAAAAUUAGUAAUAAAAACAUUGCUUAUAUAUUAAAUGGUUGUAAUUUUUAUUUACCUUCUGAAAAUAUAAAUUUAAUAAAAUAUAUAUCAAAUGAUAUAUUAAAAAAUACUAGAGUUAUUUAUUAUAAGGAAAACAAAAAAACAUUUAAAAAUAUAAAUAAUAUUGUACCAUCACAUUUAGAAAAUAUCAUAUAUACAUUUUCAAAAAAUCGAUAUAAGGAUAAAAAAAUGUUUUCUUUAUUUAGUCAAGUUAUAAAAGAAAAAUGUCAAGGUUUUUCUUGUAUUACUACUAUAAAUAUAUUAUAUAGUUUUGCUAAUUUAAAUUAUGAAGAACUUGUAUUUGAUAUACUUUAUCAAAAAAUCAAAACUUUUGAUUUUAUAUCAUUUAUGAUGUGUAAAGGAUUAAAUAUAAUUAAAUUAAUAAAUACCUUAUUAUUAAUAGAAAAUAGACAUUUUCAUAAAAAUCAAAUAAAAAAAAUGUAUCCUUUUAUAUUAACGCAUACUCAAAUUAAUACAUUAUGUAAAGAAACAAAGAUAUUAGAGGAUUACAAAAAUAAUAGUUCCUUUAAAAAUGAUAAUACACAAAUAAUAGAAGAAAAAAAAGAUAUAAUACCAACAAACGACAUAUAUCUAAUAACAGAUAAAAUGAUAUAUAAAACACUGCUCGUUUCAUUAUUAUAUGAAAAAAAAUGUUUUAAAUAUUUAGAUAAUAAUAUAUGUGAAAAUAGAAUUGUAGAUAUAUAUAAAAAAUUAAUAAGGCUAAAUAUAAUUUGUGUAAAGGACAAAAAUGAUUUAAUUAUUUUAAAGAAUAUCUUAAAAAAGAAUUAUGGAAAUUUAAAUAUUAACGAAUUUGAUAAAUAUUUUGUUUUUUCAUUUAUUAAUGCAAAUAUGAAUAAAAUAAACAUUCAUAAAUUAAUCUAUACAUUGCAACAAUAUAGUAAAUUAAUUAAUGAAAUGAAUAUAAUAAAUGAAAGUACAAAAAAAAAAAAAAAAAAAAAAUUCAUAUAA